CACAAUAAAAUCGUUUUUUAAAUUCAAACUAAUGAGUACAUAGCAUGCUUUUAAAGUAUAAUCUAACAAUAAUAAACUCUAUAAUAUCAAUUUAAAAACUUAAAAAUGAGUGCCAUGAAUGUUUCUGAACCCUGGUACCUUCGAGUCUGUGAUGAGUUCGAUGCUUUCUGUAAAAAAGUAGAUGAUAGAAUAGACAAGCAACAACAACAAUUAAAGGCGUGUAAGAAAAGAAAUGAACUUGAAAACAAACUCGCUCAAGAGUUAACGAUCAAAAAUGAGCUGACUCAGCAAUUGUCUGAAUUGUCUCGUAGGGGAAGCGAGCUGGAACGGGUAUGUGCUGUGUUUGAGUCGAGGCUCACCAUCACAGAUAGUGAUCAACAUCGGCUGGACAAUGCUAAGGAGAGCUAUCAGCUAGCAAAAGAGUUGACCGGUAUUCGGCUCGAUUUCAGCGCACCACCGAACAUUGCUAAAGGCUAUGUGAAGAAUGAAGCUCGGAGACUUUUACUGCCAUUUGAAAUGGAAUCAAACAGUGACGCCCUUUGGGAUCUCGUCAAGACAGCCUGUGACCCGACCUGGCCGGAUAAAGAGAACCAUGCGCCGAAUAAAAUAUAAUUAUCUUUA